AUGAAGUUCAUUACAUGGCUCAGCAUCCUUGCCUUGGCUGGCUCAGGCUACAGCUGUGGCGGCCACGGCGAUGAGAAGGAAUGGAGUAAAGAGGAAUUGGCCGAGUUGGAGGCGAAAUGGGGACACGAGUGGUCUUUCAACGGCAUCGGGUCCUUUGCCCAUCUAGACUACGUCAAGUGCCUCACAAACCCUCAAGAGAAAUACGACAUUGCCAUUAUCGGCGCGCCUUUCGAUACUGCUGUUUCCUUUAGACCAGGCGCCCGAUUCGGUCCCAGAGCCAUAAGACAAGCCUCUUCUCGUCAGACAUCGCUACGUGCAUUCAACCCACGCGCAAACAUCAAUCCCUAUCAGAAUUGGGCGAAAAUCAUUGACUGCGGAGACAUUCCCAUCACGCCGUUUGACAACAAUAUCGCGACGGAGCAAAUGACACAGGCUUUCAAAAAUCUUGGCAGGGCUCACCCAAUAAGCUCUCUCAGCAAAGGUCGACCGAAGCUCAUUACUCUCGGCGGCGAUCACAGUCUGGCGCUGCCUGCGCUGAGGGCGUUGAAGGAGAUUUAUGGAAAGCCAGUUCGAGUACUGCACUUUGACGCUCACCUUGACACCUGGAACCCCGCCGCAUAUCCCUCAGCCUGGGGAUCAACGCAUUUCACCCACGGCUCCAUGUUCUGGAUGGCCAACCAGGAGGGCCUUUUGUCAAACGCCUCGACAGGCCAGUCUGUUCACGCUGGUCUGCGCACCCGUCUCAGCGGCUCCGACUGGGCCGAUCACGAAUCGGAUACCGCCCAGAACUGGGUUCGCUAUGCCGCCGACGAGAUUGACGAUAUUGGCACGCAGGGCAUCAUUGACGGUAUCAUGUCGGUUUUGGGGACUGAGGACCCGGUCUAUCUGUCUGUCGAUAUCGACGUGCUGGAUCCCGCUUUCGCGCCUGGCACUGGAACUCCUGAACCUGGCGGCUGGACUACCAGAGAGUUUAUCCGAAUCCUGAGAGGAAUCGAAGGGUUGAAUAUUGUCGGCGCCGAUGUGGUGGAGGUCAGUCCGGCCUAUCAGGGAAGAGGUGAAGAGACGGCCUUGGCAGCAGCGCAGGUUGUGUAUGAGAUUCUGAGCUCCAUCGUCAAGAGAGGUUUGGAAGACGGGGCACGGGAGAAGACAGCUGAUACAAAGGAUGAGUUAUGA